GCUCUGGUAGAUGGUAGAGUCAUGAUGGCACAUCACCUUGGUGGGAAAAGAACAUUUUGAGGUUGAAAAUCUCCAGUGGAAAAGUUCUUCAUUGCUAAGUGCUGCAGCUUGAAUCCAGGACCUCACACAUGAUAGGCAAGUGCUUUACCAAAGAACUACAACCCUCACUUGCAGGAUCUUCAGUAAGAUUCCAUCUUACUAAAUCAUCAUCACAGCCCAGUCCUGCCUUCCGGAGGAAAUAUCCUGACUUUCUCGAUAAAGUUUGGACUACUUAUGAUCUCUUUGAUCAUCAUUUAUACACCAACCCAGCAUUUUCUACAUUCUGAGCCCAGAGGAAUUGAGUCCUGUUCUGAAGCUUUUUGAGAGCUCAAAGUUCAGCAUCAUUAGUGAAUCUUAGCUGCUGACUGUCUACACAGCAAAUGCUUUAGAGAAUUUUUCUGUUCAAACAAUAAUGAUUUUCAUGGACAGCAAUCUCAGUAGAACAUGUUUUCUCUGUAAUGUGAAAGAAUACCCAGCACUUGUCAAAUCUGCAGAGACCUUGAAAGAAAACCCUUUAAAUUGAACAGCUUGGACACUAGGUUGACCAGGGGAAACCUUGACAAUAGUAACUAUCCAUUCACCUUCUGGAAGAUUCAACUGCUGCUACACAGAGCUGCUGCUGGAGUACCAUGUCUAAGAGCUCAGAGUUCAUCAAUCUGUCAUUUUUAUUAGAUCAUGAGAAGGAAAUGAUCCUGGGAGUCCUGAAGAGAGAUGAAUAUUUGAAAAAAGUGGAAGACAAGAGGAUAAGGAAGCUGAAAAAUGAACUAUUAGAAGCAAAACGUAGGAGUGGGAAGACUCACCAAGAGACCAGUAGAGUCUGUGUUCACUGUCAGAAAACCCUUGGCCUCAUCUUUGAUCGGGGAGAUCCAUGCCAAGCCUGCUCACUCAGGGUGUGCAGUGAGUGUCGAGUCACAGGACUUGAUGGCAGCUGGAAGUGCAUUGUCUGUGCCAAAGUCGCGCAGCUAAGGAUUAUAAGUGGAGAAUGGUUCUUGGAAGAAAAGGCAAAGCGUUUCAAGCAAGUCAAUGUACUGGGCACUGAUGUUGUUCGACAGUCCAUCUUAAGAAGAAGUCCAGGGUCUGAAGAAAUCCAAAGCCAAGAGCAUGCACACCAAUGUGUAGAUAAGUCUUCUGUCAGGCAGAAGGCCACUCAUGAUGGACCAAAGAAGAAGGGUUUUCUUCUUAGCAAGUUCAGAUCAGCAACCAGAGGAGAAAUCAGAACUCCAAAACCUGAAAGCGGAAGGAGCUAUAGCUUGGACCUAGACAGUCAAAAUCUUCAGAGUUUCAAGUCAGCUUAUGGUUCAGACAGGGGAAGUACCACUUCAUCAGAUCUCAUUGACCAGGAGGCUGGACGAAUAACAUCAAGAAGCAGCUACAACAAUGGUGGAAUCCCAGGCACUCAGAGGUCACCAGCCCCAAGUACUCGUAGUGUGACCUCCAUCAACACUGAUUCACAUCUACAUUUCAUAUUUCUCCCUUCAGAGCGGAGUCGAUCUGAGUUAGAUUUGAAUGAGUCAUUUGCGGAAGACUUAGAGGACACUUCAAGCAUAAGAAGCAGAUCUGUCCCAGGCGCUUUAGACAAAGACUUGAACUCCUUAGAAGACACUGAAGAUGGUGUUGACUUAGUGUCCUCCAGCUUUUCUGCAAAUACCCACAGUCUGGCAAGUGGCCUGUCAACUAACUCUCAAGCAGGAUCUGAUAGGAAGAGGAGCUACCUAAAUGUGCCUGAUGCCGAUUCAGACACUACUAGCCUUAACAGCAUGAUGAGUGUUUACAGUGAAACAGGAGACUAUGGCAAUGUUAAAGUCACUGGUGAGAUUCUUCUCCACAUCAGCUACUGCUACAAAACUGGCGGGCUAUACAUUUUUGUCAAGAGCUGCAGAAACCUGGCCAUAGGAGAUGAAAAGAAACAGAGGACAGAUGCUUAUGUCAAGUCAUACCUUCUUCCAGACAAGUCCCGAAACAAUAAACGUAAGACCAAAAUCAGGACAGGUACCAAUCCAGAAUUCAAUGAAACAUUAAAGUAUAUUAUCAGCCACACCCAGCUGGAAACAAGAACUCUGCAGCUCUCAGUCUGGCACUAUGAUCGGUUUGGACGCAACAGUUUCCUUGGAGAGGUGGAGAUUGCUUUUGACUCAUGGAACUUUGAAAAUCCAUGUGAUGAGUGGUUUGUGCUUCAGCCCAAGGUGGAGUUGGCUCCUGAUAUUAACCUCCAAUACAAAGGAGAGCUAACUGUUGUUUUGCGCUAUAUUCCUCCAGAGGAGAACCCUAUAUUCCCAGUAGAACAACCUCAAGGAAAGAAGAUCUUUAAAAAGGGAAAGAAGAAAGAGUCACCUGCCGUUUCUGGGGGAAUACUUGAAGUGUUCAUCAAAGAAGCAAAGAAUCUGACUGCAGUAAAAUCAGGAGGCACUUCUGACAGCUUCGUCAAGGGCUACCUGCUUCCUGAUGAUAACAAAGCCACCAAGCACAAAACUGCAGUUGUAAAAAAGAGUGUCAAUCCUCAGUGGAACCAUACGUUCAUAUUCAGUGGCCUGUAUCCUCAGGAUAUAAAGAAUGCUUGCCUAGAACUCACCAUCUGGGACAAGGAGGCCUUUUCCAGCAACAUCUUUCUAGGAGGUGUUCGUUUAAAUUCUGGAAGUGGUAUGAGCCAUGGGAAGACUGUGGACUGGAUGGACUCUCAUGGGGAAGAACAACGCCUUUGGCAAAAGAUGGCUGACAACCCUGGGACAUCUGUAGAGGGGGUUCUCAUGCUACGUUCCAGCAUGGCGAAAUGUAGGCUCUGAGGGGACCAGUUUUCCCUACAUCUCUGGUUGAUAGCUGUUUCCUCUCAGUGAAAGGACUGGGAAUUUGAAUUCACCCAAGAGUAUUAGAUCAUAUUGGUAAACACGUCAGUGCUGUGAACAUUUAGGAUACUGCUAAUUGUCAAAAAACAAACAAACAAACAAACAAAUGCAUAUCCUUUUAUAUGUUCACCUACACAGGCCUCCCUUAUUAGACAAUAGGAAGUGUACCAUACCACACCAUCUUUCCAACAAUCAAACCGUGCAAAGGCUCAUAGACUUUAUAUUGAUAGAAAUGUUACAAGCUUAUUGGAAAAUACUGUUUAGACUGGGGCUCCUCAUACUUUUUCCAACUGAGUUACUUAAGGGUUAUUGAGUUUGAAAGGAAACACUAAGAAGGUAGACUGCUUAAAGAAUAAUUAAGAAAGAUACUGGCCUCCUUUUUCUUAUCCUAGAAUGACCUGUGAAGUAAAGAAGGCAUUCUGUGGAUGGUUUGGAGAAUAGGGUAGAAUGCUGUUAUAGUGGCAAGCUUCAGGAUGGAGAUGUUUCAGGACAUACUAGUGGGACUAUGAUAAUUACAGAAUUCAUGAAAUUCAGCCUCCUUUUCAAAGUAAAGAUAGCUAAAUGAUUGCAUGUGGUCUCUUUCUCUGU